UUCGCGCUCCAACAUGGUCCAGUACAUCAUUGACGUGAACUUCAUCGAGACGGUACUCCACUCGUUCCUAGACCAGGUUCAGGUUGUCAACGUCAGCAAAGAACAUCGGGCGCUGAUCGCCCUCCACCGCAAGUUCCUCCGCGCGCUCUCGUUCUUCAAGGCGGCUCCUCUGCAUGACGUGGCCAGCUGCUUCAACGAGCGGUUCUUCCGGGCAGACUUUGGGAUGCUGCUCAAGAACUUCAAGUCGAACUACCCCAGCGAGAUGGAGCUUGCUUCGCCGACCAAGGCGUUCAACUCCAAGGCGACGCCUCCCCUCGUUGACCUCUACUCCCUUGUCGACGGCAAGAAGGUCAAGUUCUCGGAGAAAGGGACGACCUUCAGUGAGAUCGACUUGUCGUGCCUCGGCAAGUCAAAGGAGGAGAUUGUCAUUCUGCUCGCUGGCAUUAUCCAGCAGCGGCCGGAGCUUGACAAGUUGACCUUCCCCCCCCUCGACGAGGCUGAUGCGGUCAACGUUGAAGCCAUCAACUCUUGGCUGCAGAGUCACGGGAGAUGAGAUGGGGAGAGGGAGGAGGAGGAGGGUGCAACGCUGCCCCGUCUCUAUGAUGUAAACUAUUUAUUCAGCCGUC